GACUCACUUUCAUUGCUGGUGCUGGCUGAAUGGGCUCGGUCGUUUCAUAAUUUCAUUCAUUCCAUCCAACCAUUGCAUGCUCAUCCCUCCACCAUGUUCAAGAAGAAGCCCACAAUCAAGAAUCUGUCCCCCCUGCGGUCCUCCGACCGCCGGAAAAUCGCCGAUCAGAUUAUAAGCGAUUACAAGAUCGAAAUCCCCUCGAGCACGCCAGUCGAACUCAGCGGCGAUGAUUCGACAAACCCCAGCGCAUCGAACCCCACGGCGCCGACCCUCACCUCGAUUCGCAAUGCCCUCCUCCCCGAGAACUGUCUGUCAGCGCGCUUCACCACAACUGCCGGCCCGCAGCUCCGCGAAGUGCAAGGAACAGUGUAUGUUGGAACGCACCCUGGCCUUGACGAACGGAUCCUGUGGUUCAAGGCCGACCAUGGGCCUGGCGCGGACGGACGUAUCUACCCCACGGUUUAUACCCUUUGGAACAACCCCGAUUUGGUACCACUGCUUCAUACCCCGCAAAUGGUGAUGCAGAAGCUGCAUGGGGGUGCGGACUUGAUGACCCCGGGUCUGGCGAAUGAACCGCCUUUCGACGAGCGUGCUGUGAAGGACGCUGUGGUUGCUGUCGCCAGUUUGGAUAGACACACGGUGCCUCUGUUUGUUGGGCUAUGCGAGAUUGAUGUCUCAGCCCUCGGAGAGGUCCAGGGUACCAAGGGCCACGCCGUGCGUGGCCUUCACUGGGAAGGUGAUGAGUUAUGGGCCUGGAGUUCAUCUUCCAAGCCUGGUCACCCUGCUCCGGAAUACCUGGAGGGCUGGGAUGAGGAGGAAGAGGAGGAAGAAGAUGUGGAUGAGAUCGAAGCAGGUGUUCAAGACCUGGCUGUGGGUGGUGAGGAUUCUGCCGAGGAGCCUUCAGGCGAAGCGCCUGACGAGGAAAUUCCUGAGAUCGAGGAGAAGGAACCCUCGACGAAAGAAAUCGAUGAGGCCUUCGAAAAGGCUUUCCUUUAUUCCCUCUUCAAACUCAAACAAGACAACCCAUCAGCUACCAACCACGGCCUAUCCUAUCCUGUUCAACCUUCCGCCUUGGUAUCGAACAUGAUCACUCCAUACCUCCCCAUCCACACCCCAAAGCAGGCUCAGUUCUACCAGAUCAAAAAGACCAGCUGGAAGAACGUCAAAAAGUUCAUCAAGUACCUGGAUAAGCAGCGCCUGGUCAAGUCCAAAGAUCGCAACGGCCAAGAGACCAUCAUUAUGGACGUGGACUUCAACGAUCGCCGCGUGGAACAGUUCGUCCCGUACAGGCUUCCAUCCAAGAACGCCAUUGAAAACGCAGGGAGAUCCGCGACUCCCGGAAGCAACAAGCCCGCCGCGACAGACGGCAGCGAUCCUUCUGUCGGACAAACGCUCACAGUCCAGACGCUAUACCGACCAACCGGAAAGCUGACCCCUACCAUCUUCCCCGCCCUCUCCAGCACCCAUCCCAACAACUACUACAAACCCUCCGACGUCUCCACCCACCUCGAUCAGUACCUCCAGUCCCAGAACCCCCCGAUCAUCGACCGCCAAAACAAACGCAUCAUCACCCUCAACCCCUUCCUCGCCAGCGCCAUCUUUGCGUCCUCCUCCGCCGACGACAGAAGCACUCUCGCCCGCGGCAAAACCACCCGCGACGGCCUGCUCCGCCGUCUCGUGGAAGACCACUCGCUCAUGACAGCCCACUACGUCAUCCUGAAACCCGGCCAGACCAUCUCCGACGUGAAACCCAAAGCGGGCGCCGCGCCGAAGGCCAACGUGAUCCUGGAGCGCCGGACAGGAUCCAAGACGAUCACCAAGGUGUGGAACCUGGAGGUCUUCGGCAUCAUUCCUACCUUGUUGGCCGAGGAGCUGCAGAAGAAAUGCGCUAGUAGCACCAGCGUCGGCCAGGCUGCCGGCGCAGUCAAGGGCGUCAUGGAAGUCCUUGUGCAGGGUGAUCAGCGGAAGGCGCUCGAGACGGCGCUGCUCAGACGGGGCUUGAAGACGCAGUGGAUUGAUGUGGUCGAUAAGACGAAGAAGAAGAAAUGAGUCCUUGAUUCUAAACAUAGUCGUGG